AAAAAAACGUUACAAGAAGAAGAAGAAGAAAAAGUUAUCAGAGAAUGUAGUUAUGCUGAAGUUAAUGUUUACCCAUUUCGCAAGAAACACUCUUGCAAAAAUGCACUACACUUCGGGGGUCAGCAUUAGGCUUUUGCCCAGUUAUAAGUGCUCUUUUGAAGACCCAGUGCACGUGACCGUGAGUGGCUUAAAACCCCAACAACGCGUGGACCUGCGCUCUAAAGUCACCGAUGAAACGGGACUUGUUUUCCAGGCUUCAGCCGCUUAUCAGGCAGACGAUAGUGGUCAAGUUGACCUCAGCCGCGACCCUUCUCUUGAUGGCAGCUUCACGGGAGUCGAACCAAUGGGCUUAUUCUGGGCACUGAAAGCCGACGUCGUAGACUGCAAGUUUACACACACAGACGUGACGCGUCCUGCUCUCGUCGACAUCGAGGCCGUCAGUGAAGAUAAAGUAAUCGCCAAAGUGACAAACGAAAGACACUGCUUGACCGAUGGUGUCCGGAGAAUCCCUGUAAAAGAAGGCAGGAUCAGAGGAACUCUUUUUAUGCCACCUGGUAAAGGACCAUUUCCUGGGAUUUUGGAUACGAAUGUGUUGAGAGGAGGUCCUUUUGAGUUGAGGGCAGCUCUGUUGGCAAAGAGAAACUUUGCUGUUUUAGCCUUGGCUUUCCAAGGUUACCAAGAUUUACCCAAAAGAGCUGACAGAUUUCACCUUGAGUACUUUGAACAAGGUAUCGAUUUCCUACGAUAACAACCAGAGGUCAAAGAUCAAAAAAUUGGCCUAGUGUCCAUAUCAAAGAGUGGAGAUCUCGCUUUGUCGAUGGCAACAUUUCUGCCUGGUAUAUCGGCUACUGUCUGGAUCAAUGGAUGCAAUGCCAAUACUUUAGUUCCCAUCUACUACAAGGACAUCUGUGUUCCACCCCUCAUGUUCGAUGUAAAGAGAGCAAAAAUGACACCAUUGGGCUUUGUAGAUAUUGGGGAUGUUAUGAUUGACCCGAUGUCAGAAGAAGGCCUCCCUAGCGUUAUUCCCAUUGAACGUGCCUCUGGAAAUUUCAUGUUUAUAAUGUCAGAAGCUGACAGGAAUUGGCAAAGUGCCUAUUAUGCAAACCUAGCAUGCAACAGACUCGCAGCACAUGGGAAAAAUAACUACGAAUUGGUGAGGUACGAAAAAGCGGGUCACUUUAUUGAGGUGCCCUAUAUGCCCUUUUGUCUUGCUAAUUUUCAUGGUGUCGCUAACCAUGUGGUUUAUUUUGGCGGGGAACCUAAGGCUCAUUCAGAGGCACAGCUGGAUGCGUGGAAGAGGAUUUUGAAAUUUUUCAAAAAACACUUAGCAGCUACUAAUCACAACUGCAAAUCUAUGCUGUAAAAAACAGCAAAAAAGGGUAUGUACACUAGUCAACAUUUGAAGUGGAGCAAAACCUUUCAUCAAAGUUGUCCUAAAACCUGAACAAUACCUGUUCUUGUUUUAGGACAACUUUGAUGAACUUUUAUGAUCCACUUCAAAUGUUGACUACUAUACAUUUAUAUCAUAGUCAUGAUAUCCAGGUAGUGUUGACUUGAAUUACACUAAUUUCUAAUGUAGUUAUCAAAAAGAUCAAACUGAAUGAAGCUCAUGUAUGAUUUGCUUCAAAAUCCUAUGUUUAUAUCAUACAGAGUAUGGAGAAAUUGUUUGUAAAAUCAAACUCUUUUGGAUAAGCAUGUUUCUUUAUCAAACAUUACCGUAGCUUUGGGGUUAGAAAGUUUAUUUUCUUUCAUUAAUAUUGUGAAAUAUAGUUUCAAUUUAAAAUAACUUUUCAAAUUGGGAAGUAUUUUAAAGUGUUAUAUUCCUGUUGUGCCUAUGCUCAGUUAACAAAGUAGAAUUCAUUACUGUCACUAUUAAUUUAAAGCAUCCUUGAUAAAUUAGUAUUCAUUUCUUUCAAAAAAAAACUUUUGAAUGGCAGUGCACUUUCACUGCUUAGCCACAUUUUUGCAUCAUAACCGAACACUGAUUUUAAGUUAAUCAAAUCAAACUAGGGGUGCACGAUAUAUAUCGGC